AUGUGUAAGGUGGACACCAUCCAUGAGGGAUCUGCCCCUGUUUCCAAGGAAGUUUCCCAAACGAUUCCUCCAUGGCCUGGUCCUGUGACAAACAAUUUUCAUAAGGGGUUAUCAAUUGAUGGAUCACCACAAAGGGGGUACAGCUGUGUUUCUGCAGCAACAAAAGAUUCAUGGGAGCGCCUCUUUGAUGAAGGUUAUAGAGCAGAUGUUUCUGUUAAUACUGAUGAUGGUGGCAUUAUCUAUGCCCAUGCUAACAUUCUUGGCAUGGCUUCCCCUGCAAUGAAAGGCUUGUUGAAGCAAUCAAGCCGGUUUCGUCGUCAACGAUCAAUCUCAAUUCUUGGAGUUCCACAUGACGCAGUCCGAGUUUUUAUUCGAUUCUUGUAUUCUUCCUGUUAUGAAAAAAGGGAAAUGGAGGAGUUUGUCGUGCACUUGUUAGUGCUUUCUCAUGUCUACUUGGUUCCUCAGUUGAAGCAAGAGUGUGAGAAGAAGCUGGAGCAUGGCUUGCUUACCACAGAGAAUGUAGUUGACAUAUUUCAACUGGCAUUACUGUGUGAUGCCCCUCGACUUAGCCUCAUUUGUCACCGUAUGAUCCUGAAGAACUUUAAAACUGUUUGUACAACUACAGGAUGGAAAGUGAUGAAGAAGAGUCACCCUGCAUUAGAAAAGGAGCUCGUGGAGUCCAUGAUUGAAGAAGAUAAUAGGCAAAAGGAGAGGAUAAAAAAAUUAAAUGAGAGGAAAAUAUAUUUGCUAUUAUAUGAGGCAAUGGAGGCUCUUGUUCAUAUAUACAAAGAUGGUUGUCAAACAAUUGGACCAUCUGAUAAGGACUUUAAAGAGAACCAGGCUCCUUGUAAGUAUGUAGCCUGUAAAGGACUGGAAUUGCUGGUUCGUCAUUUUGCUGGUUGUAAGUUGAGAGUCCCUGGUGGUUGCAUUCAUUGCAAGAGGAUGUGGCAGCUGCUGGAGUUACACUCCCGCCUUUGUGCUAAUUCCCAUACCUGCAGGGUUCCUUUGUGCAGGAAUUUUAAGGAGAGAAUUAAGAAACAGAGUAAGAAAGACGAGAUUAGGUGGAAAAUGUUAGUGAAGAAGAUUUUGAGAACAAAGAGAAUCGCGGGAGCAGCGUUCAUUUCAUCAGCAAAGGCCAGCUCUUUGUGGCAAUGA